AUGCAGAGCACUCUCCCAGCAUCAUGGUACCGCGAGCCAGGCUUCUACCAGCUUGAGCGACGGGCCAUAUUCAGCAAAUCAUGGAUACUGAUCUCCCAUUCCUGCCAGUUCAACGAGCCUGGAAAGUACGCUCGUUAUGAAAUGGCCGGCUAUCCCUUCUUCAUCAUCCGGGACCGAGCCGGCAGCAUCAACGCGUUUCUCAACGUGUGUCGCCAUAGGGCGUUCCCGAUUGUGCAUGAAGACGCGGGGAAGGCCAUGGUGCUGUCAUGCAAAUACCACGGAUGGUCAUACAGUAUGAACGGAAACCUGGCCAAGGCCCCCCGGUUUGACCAGGUUGAAGGCUUCAAGAAGGAUGACUACAAACUGUACAAGGUGCACACCCACAUCGAUGAUCUUGGGUUCCUCUGGGUCAAUCUAGAUGCUGCUGAGAAGCCAACUCUGAGCUGGGAAGAGCAGUUCGGCGGCGUGGACAAGCAGCCAAGGCUGAGCAACUUUGACAUGAGCAACUACGAGUACGAUCACACUUGGUCGAUGGAGGGCAAGUUUAACUGGAAGACUCUGAUUGAGAACUACAACGAGUGCUACCAUUGCCCUACCGCUCAUCCCGGCCUUGCACCAUUCUUUCGGGGUAACAGGCAGAUGGUGUACGGUUGCCACAAGUACUGGGUUGAGCACCUCGGCGGAAAGGGCGAAGAGCGUUCAAGUUCAGUUAGCCCUACCUACAUGUUCCCAAAUGCCUCGGUCACAUUGACUCCCAUCUUCUUCUACAUGAUGUCCAUUGUCCCAACCUCAGCUACAACCAGCCUGAUGCGCUACGAGGUCUACCGUGCCAAGAACGCAACGCAGGAGCAGCUGCAGGAAAAGCUCGACUUCUUCGCCCAGGUCGAGGGAGAGGACAAGUGGCUCGCCAACGGAUCCCAGGCCAACCUGAACAGCGACACGUACACCACCGGGCCGUUCCAUCCUGAUGUCGAGCAGGGGGUCACGUAUGUCACGGGGCUGGUGAAGAAGAUGUUGCUUGAUCAUUUUGACGAGGAGAAGAAGCGUGGUCAGGAGUGGUGGCCUGCUCGCAGGGCUCUUGUUCAGUCAUCUUCUGAGGAGGAUGAGGCGUUCUGCCGUGGUGUUUGUGGGCACUCUGUCCUGAACGGAAAUAAUGCUCCGGAAGGGUUAUCGUGGUGA